AUGGAUCCUUAUAAUCAAUUUAUAAAUACUUCAUUAAUGUCUAAUUAUAUAAAUCAACCUGGGCAAGUGACAUCAUCAACUUCUCUAACAAUUGAUCCAGACAAAUCUAUUUAUGGUGGUUAUUUAUAUCCUCAAGAAACUUCUUAUUAUCAACAAACAUUGAAACCAAUUAACUAUCCACCUGAAUACAAUUUAACUUCAUUGACAAAUGCCUAUCAACAAUCAGUUAAUGGAAAUUGUCUAUCAAAUAAUAAAAAUUUUCAAACACAACAAUGGAUGCAAAAUCAUUAUUUUGAUCCUAAUAUUUAUAGUUUAUCAACACCUUCCUGUGCUCCAUCAACAAUAUCAAAUAUGUCAUAUACAUCAAUAACUGAUAAUAAUCCUCAAUCAUCCUGUUCAACUAAUACUAUUGAAAAUGGUAGGAUGACAGAAAUAAAGUCAAUGUUUCAUGAUCAAAGUACUACCAAUUCAGUGGUAAGUUGUGGUGAAAAUUUAGAUCCAGGUUCAAAUCAAUUAACAGAAGAUUGUAGAAAUAAUAUAUUAAAUAAUCUUCUUGAUGAUGAUAUUGAGGUUCGAAAAAAAGGAAAUCAGGCAAAACCAUUUAUUAUUGAUAUUAUGAAUGCUAUUAAUAAUGAUAUGGCAAGUUUCACAAACUUAGAAAGACUUCUAGAAUGCCUUUGUCAUUUAACAUACAAUUCAAAGACAAUAGGAUGUAUAAUAAAUUCAAUAAUAGAUAACAAUUUAUUAUUUAUUGAUACAUUAGGAAAAAGAAUAAUAAAAGAUAAAUUUAAUAGAUAUGGUUGUGGAUAUUAUGCUUUGUCAAUUCUUCAUGCCAUUUUAUCAUUAUCUGGAGAUAUUUCAAAAAUUUUUACCAAAUAUACAAGAAAACCAUUUAUUAUGGAUAGGAUAUUUGAGUAUUUUGAAAAAAUAUUAACACUUUCAAGUAUAAAUUUAUACAAUCAAAUAUGUUAUUUUGAGAGAAAAGAACUUAUUUGGCUUAUUGACUGUCUUAAAAAUCUUAUUUAUGAAAAUGAUUAUAUGAAAGAGUAUUCAUUAUCGAAAAAUGGAAUACAAAUAUUAUUAAAAAUUAUUAAAGGAAGUCAACGUGAAUAUAUUCAUUAUCAUUCACUUAGUUGUAUAAAUGCUUUUAUUCAAUCAGGUUCUAUAAAAUAUGUAAUUGAAUUUGUCAAGAAUGACAUAAUUGAGGUUGUUUUUUCAAUUGUAACAACAUUCACACCAAUAGAUAAUAAUAGAAAGAUGGGAAGUGAAAGAAUCAUAGUAGAAUGUUAUAAAAUUUUUUGUUCAAUUUUAGAUGCUGAUAAGAUGGAAAGUAUUGCCAUUCAAAAUAUUAGUAAUAUUAUAUUAAAUAAUUUAACAAAAAGUAGUAUUCAUCUUUCAAAAUAUUAUACUUGGUUUUUGUGUAGAUUAUCCAGUAAAAAGGAACUUAAAAUUGAACAAAAAAUAGAUAAUAGUAAUUUGGAGAGUGAAAAAAUUAAAAAUAUUGAAGAAAUUUUUGAUAAUUGUUUGAUUACUCUUAAAAAUUUAACUUAUCAUUCUCAGGAAGAAAAAAUAUUAAAAAUUGGUAUUGAAAAGUUAUGUUCUAUUAAUGGAAGUAUACAAAUAUUAAUGAAUCUUUUUAUUACCAGUACUUUUGAUAUUAACAAAUCAAGAAUUAUCAUAAUACUAUUACGAGGAAUAUCAUUUUAUAAGUAUAAUGAGAAUCACUUUCAAUAUCUAUUAGAUAUUAUUAUGAAAAAUAUCAAAGAUUUUAUAGAUAUUAUUUUUAAAAGAUCAAAAGAAUUUAAUAAAUUAAAAGAUAUUUCAAGAAAAAAUUUAAAAGAUCUUCUAAAAAAAGGUAUUUAUUUUAUAAAAUGUCUCUGUCUUGAGUAUAAUGGAGUUUCAACAAAAAUUAGGGAAAUUCUAAGAAUAAAUAAAAUUAAUUUACUAAAAUUAAUAGAUGACAUUAAGGAUGUUGAGAUAAGAUCAGAAGUUAUACAAUUAGCUGGAGUACUAUUAAAUAGAGAAGAUAAUAUUGUCGAUAAAUGGUUAAAUAAUUUACAAACACAAAAUACAAUUAAAGAUUGCUCCGAGUCUGAGGAUAUUAAUUUACGUAAAGUGACAAUGGAAUUUUUAAAAUUAGCUCAAGAAACAAGAUGUUACAUUUUGGUGGAGGAAAGUAUUGAAUGUAAUGGUGGUAUUUCUAUUGCAAGUAUUUAUGCAGAUAUGUGA